GUUUGCGUCUAUGGCUCCCCCUGGAAUAGGUGGAUUAAUGGUACGGUCCAGAGCGGCUCCGCUCAGCUCUGCUCGGAGUCUGGAGGUGCUCCGGCAGUCUGUCUGGUUUUUAGGAGAAAGAGGAGGCAAAGUCGGCUCAGCCACAGCAUCACCCGUUUUGUUUCCACGCUCGUCAUGACCAUGUACAAAGGCAGGCGUCGCAAUCACAGAUAUAUCAACAUGGCUGGAGAGCCCAAACCGUACAGGCCUAAGAUGGGCUCCAAGAGGCCUCUCUCAUCCCUCUACAGUGGCUAUGAAUUUGACUACGACUACUACAGAGAUGACUUCUACAGUAGACUGUUUGAGUACCACGGCCGCGUUGUGCCUCCGACCCGAGCUGUGAUCCCCAUCAAACGCUCACGACUAGUUGUCCCAACCACACGCAGAGCCAAAUCCUCUUUUCCAGUCAGGGCUUGCUCUUCCUCUUCCUCCUCCUCUUCCUCCUCCCGAGCACUCAAUGUCGGCUCUUCCAUCACUGGCCCUAAACUGAAGACAGAUCAGCUUCUAACAAUCAAAAAGGAACUGUCGCAAAUCAAAACCAAGAUCGACUCACUGCUGGGAAGGCUUGAGAAGAUAGAGAGGCAACAUCGCUCUGACGCCGAGAUGCAGAGGAAGCAGGAGGAGGUGUGCGAGUGUCUCCAUGGUGAUGCAGCAGACCACUCUGGGGGGGAAGAAGUGGAGGGGACGGCUGAGGUUGAGGCAGGGGAGAUGACAGACGGUGGUGAAGACGACUUUGAAGAUGAAGGCACAAGCGACAUGAUAGAGAACCACAUAUCGGACAUUGACAACUGAGUAAGUUGGGGAAUAAUGAAGCUUGCAUUACAGAAGAUGGGAGGACAGAUACCAGCAAAAUCUUCUUGAUCAAGGAGGUGCAUUUGACAUUAAAGGAAAGGAAGUGACAGACAGCAGUGGAAGAGUGUGUCAGACUUGUAUUUUGCUUGUUUGCCUCAUUAGAACAUGCCACUGCUGAUGCAUACGUCAUCAAAAUCCUGGGUAUGAAUAUUCUCCAGACGACUGCAAGAUCUUCGCAACCAGCAGUCAGUCAUUUCCCCUCGGACUGAUUGCUGUUCUGAAAAAUACAGACAAUACAGUAUAUUGUGUGCUUAUUAUAUUGUGGUCUGUAUUGUGUAUAAAAAUACAGUUAUGUGAUCUACCAGAAGAAAAUUUGUCUUUU